AUGCAAGAAGCACAAUCUGGAGUUUGUGGAUCACAUCAAUCAGGGCCAAAACUGCACUUUCAUAUAAAAAGGAUGGGGUAUUAUUGGCCAACAAUGGUGAAAGACUGUUUGGACUAUGCGCGAAGUUACAAAGCAUGCCAAUUUCAUACAAAUUUUAUACACCAACCUCCUGAGGUAUUACAUCCAACUGUUGCAUCUUGGCCAUUUGACGCUUGGGGGCUAGACGUGGGUGGACCGCUACCGAAAUCUUCUGGUGGCCACUUGUACAUCUUAGCUGCAAUGGAUUACUUCUCAAAAUGGACUGAGGUUGUCGCCCUCAAAGAAGUAAAAAAGGAGAAUAUGGCAAACUUCAUUCGAGUAAACAUCAUCUAUCGUUUUGGCAUUCCUAGUUAUAUCAUAAUAGAUAAUGGCAAGCCGUUCUCCACCAAAUUGAUGACUAAGAUUUGCGAGCUUUUUGGCUUCAAGCAACGAAACUCGUCUAUGUAUUAUGCUGCUGCAAAUGGACUAGCUGAAGCAUUUAACAAGACCUUGUGCAACUUGUUAAAGAAGGUCGUCUCCAAGUCUAAAAGAGAUUGGCACGAUAGAAUGGAAGAAGCUCUUUGGGCAUACUGA